UGGGCUGGCUGAGGCUCUGGUGGGAAGGUGGGUUCAGACCGAGGGGACUACGGGUCGGCGUUAGGCUCAGUGGGCUCGAGACAAAGGACUGGCCGAGAGAGGCUCGGCGCGGCGCUUUCCGACCGGUAGCUGAGCGGCCCAUCGAGGCUUCUCGGCCAACCAGUGCCCUCGCCGCGCAGGCUCAGUCGGCUUCUCCGCGGUUCCCCACAGCCCGCGCCGCGGCGGGGGCCCCGGCGCAGCGGCACCUGCUGCUGAGGGACCCCGCGGCCCGCCAGGUGCUCAUGAUGGGGCUGAUCUUCGCGAAACUGUGGAACCUCUUCUCUAAGCAAGAACACAAAGUGAUUAUAGUAGGACUGGAUAAUGCAGGGAAAACCACCAUUCUUUAUCAAUUCUUGAUGAAUGAAGUGGUUCAUACAUCUCCAACCAUAGGAAGUAAUGUUGAAGAAAUAUUUGUGAAGAACACUCAUUUUCUUAUGUGGGAUAUUGGUGGUCAAGAGUCACUGCGGUCAUCCUGGAACACGUAUUACUCAAACACAGAGUUCAUCAUUCUUGUCGUUGAUAGCAUUGACAGGGAACGACUAGCUAUUACGAAAGAAGAAUUAUACAGAAUGUUGGCUCAUGAGGAUUUGCGGAAGGCUGCAGUCCUUAUCUUUGCAAAUAAACAGGAUAUGAAAGGGUGUAUGACAGCAGCUGAAAUCUCCAAAUACCUCACCCUGAGUUCCAUUAAGGACCAUCCAUGGCACAUUCAGUCCUGCUGUGCUCUCACUGGAGAAGGGUUAUGCCAAGGUCUAGAGUGGAUGACCUCCCGGGUUGGUGUGAGAUAACUUUUUUGCUCGAAAGAGACUGCUCUAUUUAUUCUGUGACAUGAACAUUUUUUUCCAGUACUUUUGGCUGCUAAGGCAGCAGCAUGUUUAAUUUAUAACAACACAAACCUCUAUGAGCAACACUUGAAUCAAGUGCAGCUGAACUGGAACAUGAAAGAUUUUUUUCUUAACUUUUUUUUAAUGCACUAAUCUUCAGUUGGAUGAACACUAACAUAUAACUAUGUUUUUAGCAACAGAAGUUUUCUGGAUGCUUAUUCUAGUUAUUCAAUGACUGCCUUGUAAGAAAUGUUUGUCAUAUGUUUAAUGUUUUCUGAAAUAUUGUAAUAACUUUAGUGACCAAUUUCUUUCAUUUCUUGGCCAGCCCUACUCCCACGUGAAAAUUACUGGUUUGACAAAGUAAUAGUGGAAAUUAUCAGGUACUGCUUGCAAAUUUAACGAGCACUAACGAUUUGCUCCCUCUAUAAACCACUUAUCUCUUGGACAGAACUUACAGAGAAAGAAAUCUGCCUAGAGGGUAUAUAUAAAGAAGAUUAAACAUCGUAAGAACUGCCUUUAAAUGAGUUAACUUCCCCUAUGUUAUUGCAAGUCAUGGAAUACGUGACUAUUAGCAUGGAAAUUAAGUAGACUAUUUAUCUAAAAGAAUUAAGUUCACUUCUCUGCAUAUAACACAGGAUUAGUUUUGGUUAAAAACUAAUCAAAGAAAAAUGUUUAUUUGAAAGCCCAACUUUGAUGGUAAAUAUAAAUCUAUAUUUUAAGGAUUUUAAGUAUGUCGUAUUAUUCAAUGCAUACAUAACUAUUGGAAGUUAUUAAAGCAUACCAGCACUAAUACUAAAACCAGAUGCUUGGAAUAUAUUUUACUAUCAAUUAUAAACAACCUUAUUAUCAGCAUAAAGUUCAACUGUUCCAUUUUCAAGGGACAUCCCAUCUGUGUUGGGCAAUAGCUAAAGUAAAAGUGUAAACAUUUCAUUUUAUUUCUUAAAAUUUGAAAUUGCAUCUAAUAGUAUUUCUACCAUCAGCAGUGUUACUUAAAAAACAAGGCUUUCCUUAAGUCUGUUUGAGGCUGUAUGUAAUAGACUUGAAACAGUUGCCAUCUUUAUAGCUAUGCCUUGUGUUCUAACAUCUUUUACUGGAGAAUAGGAAACAACUGAGCUUAACAACUGAACUAGGUUUUAGAAUAUUACUAUGAGACUCAAAGUUAAUACUAACAAUUUAUAAAUUAAAAAUUAGGAAGAAAAAGUCAUAAUCUAUCAAAAGUUUAUUGGAUAGCAUUAAAAAGUUUUCAAGGCGCUGUCUAAUGAACAGUAAUCUAAAUAGUACAUAUCUUAAGAGGGAGGACAGGUAUUAUAAUUUUAAUCCUCUUUAUUUAAAAUGUAUGAUUUUGCUAUAACGAAAGGGAUAAGAUGCAUACUUACAGAAUAAUACUUCAUCUUUGUAGUUUUUUUGUGUGUUUUUUUUUUCAUUUGGGUUAAAAAUAGGAUUCAGUGUUCAUAAGAAUAUCAAAAUACCUGUUCAAAAAGGGUAUUUUAAUUUUAAUAUUUUUUUAUUGUAAAUUGGUUAAAAUUUUGCAUUGUUUUCAGGUAUAUUUGAUUUAUUCUAUUUAGUCUAAUUAAUUUAGUUGAAUGUAGUAACAUUUUUUUCUGAUUUCUGUUUAGUGGUUGCACACUCUAGAAUUGAAAUAGGGCCAGAGGAAAGCUUUUUUGGAUUUGGGGAACUAGUUGUUUGUUAACUUUGUUUUGAACCUUUUUCUUAGUGAUUCUAUAGGAGAUAGAGGAUAAAUUUCAUUUUUAAUAUAACCCAUAGUCAAGACAUGAGAGAAAAUCAUUAUGGGUACCCAUGGUGUGUAUGCGGUGGGGAGAGUAAGAGUAAUUAUGGAAAUACCAUUUAUCCAAAGCACACUUUGCCAGAAUUUUUACCUUAGUUAUGUAAUUUAGCCACAAAUACUGAGGAUAAGAAUUCUCUUAACUCUGUCCUGAGAAAAAACAUAUUAAUACUCCUGUAUUCAUUCUUACUUUGAAAUUUGUCUUGUAUCUAAUAAGAUUGACUGGCUCAAUUUUCUUCUAUCAAAUUAUAUGGUUAUUUUUUAUAUUACCACAUCAGCAUUAUAUUGAAAGUGUUUUUAAUAGUUGAUUAUAUUUUCUCAAACAACUACUAGUAUAGAUUCAAGUUUGCUAUUUAAUUGUUAAAAUUCAAUUUUAUUUUCUAAAUCCUUUUUCAAAAACGUUUUGUUUUGGAUUAGAAAUGAAUUUAUGUCAGCUGUAUGUUUGAAAUUGGCAUUCAACUAGAUUUUGUGCCAACGAUUGGGAAGAGUUCAGUUAGGAAAUUCAUGUGAGACUUUAAAAAGUAUUUUGUAAGUUCUCAUUAGAUAUUUCCUGUUACGGUAAUAUGAAAACUGGUUAUCCUUUACUCCAAGAGAAUGUUUUGACCCAAGCAUGGAUUUAAUGCUAAAGCAUCGAUUCUGACAUUUGUUGUAAAUCAACCAACUAUAAGAUACUGUCUGAUGAAAAAUGUAAAUUUGUGAUUAGUGCCUUUAUUCAUAUUUUGAGAUGAGUUCUCUGUUUUGUACUAUACCUGUUCUUCGGAAGUCAAAUUAACAGCUAAUUAAUUUAACAGUGAUAUAAUCUGAGUUUUACCCUACCCGUCAACCCCUUAAUUGCUUAGCAAAGUUUCUAGUAAGUAGUGGAAAGCAAAGCACCCACCCACAUUACUUUCAGGAGAUUAUUCUUCAUUUUAUUUUUAAUUUUAGAAUAAAGAAACUAAACUUUAUUUUCUCAAUAUGUUAUAACUAAAAUGUAAUUGCUACCCUUGUAAGUUCAAAUACAGCAUUUUUCUUAAUUUCGAACACGUUGUGUUCUUCAUACGUAAACCCAUCAUUCUUACUGAAGCCCAUUUGAUAACUCUUUUAGAAUUAACAGCCCCUUUUAUAUGGGAAUAUACUGCACAUUUUAUAUUGUUAGUGUAAUAUAAUUUCUUAAAAUCUGAAAUAAUAUAUACAUAUAUAUAAUCUAUUGAAAAAUUGAUGAUUACAUAAUUUUUGUUUUUACGUUCUGUAUUAGUAUGCUUAAAGGUAUAUUUUUAUUCUAUAUCCAUUAGAGGAAAGAUAAUGAAUUCAAGUUUCAUUGUUAAAAAUAAUUGUAAAUGUAUACCGCCCCUAUAGCCAUUGUCAUUUUGAUGAAGCAUAACUUAACUUUCAUUAUAACAUGAAGAAAAAAUAAUUAUUUUCCUAUGGAAACAGUGAAUGAUAUAGGCAGCAACGUAAAGAAUAUUCUCUGAAGAGUUGGGGGAGUCAAAAAGCAAAGAAAAUUUUAAAAAAUAAUAAUAAAAGCUUUAAUUAAAAAAAAUCUUUUCAAUGUUGUAUCUUAGGAUAAAUUAGAAAUGGAAUUGUUUCUGACUACUACUCACUUAAUUCUUAAUAAUGUGAAACCUUAUCAGUUGAAAAAAAUGUAUACUAUUAUUAGGCCUAUAGAUGGAUAAAUUCCAUUGACAUUUAUCUUUGAAGACCAACUUCAUGAGUCUAACUUUUCAUCUAUGGCUUUGGAUCCAAAACAUUUCAUACUCAGUUCAAUUCUAAAUGAUCUUUGAUAUUUUGUCAGGGUAAAGUCAUUUCAAGAUACAGCAUGGGAACUUGUAUCUAGUAGAAUAUUGUGCUGGCUAUCUAAAGAAAUGGAUUUGAAACUUAAUUUGACAAUUACGUGUCUAGUUGACCUUAAGACACUUGCUGUUCGUGGCCUUCCUGUUUUUUUUUUUUUUUUUUCGCAUUCUGAGGAAUUUAAGCAAGCUAGAACUCCAAGAUGGCGUUUGGUUUUGAAAUCCUGAAUCUUCAUACUUUAUAUUUCAAUUGAAAAACCAAAAAAAUACACGUAAUGGAAAAUUAAAUUCAUUUUUAUCUAACAUUUGAUUCCCACCUCAUUAUCAUUUCAUUUAGUAUAUGAAUAUAAUCAAGAAAAGUAUCAAUUAGUAACUGCUACUUAACCUAAAUUGAGCUAAUAUCUAAUGACAAUGGAAAAAAGAAAAUAAGCCAUAUUGCUACGAAAAUGAUAUUAAGCUGCUUAUAAAACAGCCUCUGUUGGAAAUACCCUCCUCUAAAGAAUUAUCAUGCUUAUUUUCCUAGUUUUUACUAAUUAGAAGUGGUUGGUUAGUUCAGAAUUUAUUGGCUUUAUUAGAUGUCAUCCCAGACUGCAGUUCUGUUUGACUUUGCAGCAUUGAAAGGAUAAUGCAGCCAGAAUGUCAAUAUUUUACAAACGUCUGUAUAAAUCUAAGUGUAGUUUAUAUUCAAGGUUAGUUUGUUCAGUAAUGUCUCAUCCUUAUUUAAUUAGCUUUACUGUAAAGACUAAAAUCCAAAAGUCAGAUUCCCAAUAAGUAGUUUUUAAGAGUUCCAGGUGGCCAA